AUGCCUUCAGAUAGAGAUCUCCAAGAUUCUUACCUACCACGCAGUUAUACAGCACCUCCAACUUCCUCCCAUCAUCGUCGUCGUUCUGAUCCUCAGGACCACCAUUCCCACCAUUCCCAUCAUUCUCGUCAUUCUCGUCAUUCGCGCGAAAUUCAAAGAUCAUCAAGGCCAAACACAACUUCCGACCCUAUCGAAUCAAUUCACAAAUUCGUAGAUGAUACACUCCCAUUGAUGGUAGGUACAGUAGUGGAUGAAACGAAAACCACUGUUUCUCACCUCGCAAACGACUUGGCGGAAGUAGGAGAUGAGGUGGUGGAUUUGGUCAAAGAUGUUAAAGAUGGAGUUAUAGAUUUAGCUGCGGAUAUGUUGGACGGUUUGUUCGGAUCUAAACCUAGAACGAAUAAUAGACAAAUAGAAGGAUCUAGAAGGAGGAAGUUUGGAAGGGAAAGUAGGGAAAUCAAAUGGGAGACUGAGAGAAGUAUUGAAGAUGGUGAAAGGAGGAGGAAAUCGGAAGAGAGAUCAAGUAAGAAUAGAAGAAGGUAUAGAAGAAGAGAUUCGGAUGGUAAUCCAGUUGGGGAAUGGUUAUAUGAUUCAUCAGAUUCUUCAACACAUCCUUUACUCUCCUUACCUGCUUCAAGAUCUACUGGACAAUUAUCAUUAACUUGGUCAAACCCUCCUAGGUCGAGUCAAAGAUCUAUCACUUAUCCACCGAGAGAACCUGAAAGAUCCAGUCAAAGAUAUAUCACUUAUCCUCCACGAGAAUCAGAUUCAACAGGUAAAGAAAUGAUACGAUACGAACCUCCUUUUCGAACUCCUCCCUCAACUGGAUCUUCUGGUCAACAACGGGAUAAUAAUCAGAAUUAUGUUCAACCUACUCAACCAUUCCCUUCGACUAUACAACCUACUCAACCCACACGAUUAAGUACGGCAGCUUUGCGUUAUACACCUAAUCCCACGAACGCGACGAUGAGCGCUAGGGAAGAUGAUCAAAAGUUGAGUUCAGCAGCGAAGAAGUAUACACCUGAUCCCAUUACUUUAGAAAAGAGGACGGAGGAUGGUGGUGGGACUGUGGAGAAAUUGAGUUCAGCUGGAAAGAAGUAUAAACCUUGA